CUCUCUUCAAUAUCAAACAUUUAUUUUUAAAAUGAGAAAGUUGUUGGCAUCGCCGUUUAGUUCAUUACUCGCCGUAGUUUUCAUUUCCGUCAUCUCCGUCGUCCGAUGCUGCUCUCCUGAAGAUCAGACGGCUCUCAAUGCUUUCAAGUCAUCACUGAGCGAACCAAACCUAGGCAUCUUCAACACUUGGUCUGAAAACACUGACUGUUGCAAGGAAUGGUACGGUAUUAGCUGCGAUCCUGAUUCGGGUCGGGUCACUGACAUUUUGCUCCGGGGAGAAUCUGAAGACGCCAUUUUCCAAAAGGCAGGCCGGUCCGGUUAUAUGUCCGGUUCGAUUGAUCCAGCGGUUUGUGACUUAACCGCACUCACUUCCCUCGUCCUCGCCGACUGGAAGGGAAUCACCGGAGAGAUUCCUCCGUGCAUAACCUCCCUGGCUUCGCUCCGUAUCCUCGACCUCGCCGGCAACAAGAUCACCGGAGAGAUUCCCGCGGAAAUCGGCAAACUCUCAAAACUCGCAGUUCUAAACCUCGCGGACAAUCAGAUGUCCGGCGAGAUUCCGUCGUCGUUGACGUCACUCGUCGAGUUGAAGCAUCUUGAAUUGACGGAAAACGGAAUCACUGGCGUGAUCCCGGCUGACUUUGGAUCGUUGAAGAUGUUGAGCAGAGCUUUACUGGGCCGUAACGAACUAACCGGGUCAAUACCAGAGUCGAUCUCGGGUAUGGAACGGUUAGUGGAUCUGGAUCUAUCCAGGAACCAUAUCGAAGGUCCGAUACCCGAAUGGAUGGGUAACAUGAAGGUACUCUCACUUUUGAAUCUCGAUUGCAAUUCGUUAACCGGUUCAAUCCCCGGUUCGCUUCUUAGCAAUCCCGGUUUAGAUGUUGCGAAUUUGAGCCGAAAUGCGUUGGAAGGAUCUAUACCCGACGUUUUCGGGUCAAAAACGUAUUUAGUUUCGCUUGAUUUGUCGCACAAUAGUCUAUCGGGUCGGAUCCCGGAUUCGUUGUCGUCAGCUAAGUUUGUGGGACAUUUGGAUAUUAGCCAUAACAAGCUUUGUGGGCGUAUCCCAACGGGUUCUCCUUUUGAUCACCUUGAAGCUACGUCGUUUAGUGACAACCAAUGUCUCUGCGGUGGCCCUUUGAUGACGUUAUGUUAAUAACAAGGAUAUGGUUUCGGUUUUACUGAACCGGGUUUCUUGUUGCUGUUGCUCUUGUUCGCUGUAUCAAACUUGUGAUAUUUUACUUUUCAUUUACUCUUGUUUCAGAUUUUAGUUUCUACAGCUAAUAUAUGUUCUACUACUGG